UUCCCCAUCACGGACAAGAAGUAAUAGAGCCCGAUCCCCACGCGAUCGCGUCACCGCCCUUCUUGUCAUCUCCUCCGGAUUCCGCAUGUCCGACGAGCCGUCCCUUUUCCUCUCCUCCAAGACACCUCGCCGCCCGCCACGUAUCAAGCGGCGCGACACUUCCUCCAUUUCCCAACGAACGCAUAGAAUUCCCAAUGCGCAUGAUAUCUCUUCCGUCCGAUCCACCAUGUCAGAAGAUCCCAUUCGUUCAUAUCUAAGGCGUCGCCCCUGAGCAAAUGGUGACGCUCGGCGUGACGGCUAGUUCAAGCCCCGUCCGGCCACAGUCCACCUCGGCUUCCCCCUCCCCGAACACGCAGUACGGAGAAAAGGAUAAAGAAAGCGAGCAGAAAUAAAUAAAAGACUCUCUCUCCCGCUUUCUCCCUCUCUCUCUCUCUCUCUCUCGGUCUUCCUCUUCCCUGUGAGCUCGGAACCCUAGCGAUCGAUUUCUGUCGCGGCCCGGAACUGGAUCCUUUCUUCCCUUCGAUCGGUUCUUUGCUCGACCGGCUUCGUGUCGGCACGGUCGGAUCGCCUGUUUCUUCGAUUGUGAGCAGCUUGCGGCGGGCUGUUGCAGCGACGGAGAAUGGCGCUGUUCAGGAGGCUGUUCUACUGGAAGCCACCGGACCGGCUUCUGGAGAUCUCCGAGAGAGUCUACGUGUUUGACUGCUGCUUCUCUACCAAAAUCCUGGAAGAGGACAAGUACAGGGGUUACAUGGGUGGUAUUGUUGCUCAACUGCAGGACUAUUUUCCAGAAGCCUCAUUCAUGGUAUUCAAUUUUAGAGAAGGAGACAGGAGGAGCCAAGUUUCAGACAUCUUGUCUGAUUAUAAUAUGACUGUUAUGGACUAUCCACAGCAGUAUGAAGGGUGUCCUUUGUUACCUCUGGAGAUGAUCCACCACUUCUUGAGGUCAAGUGAGAGCUGGCUAUCAAUGGAAGGGCAACACAAUGUGUUGCUGAUGCACUGUGAGAGAGGGGGAUGGCCUGUGCUUGCCUUCAUGCUUGCAGGUUUACUCCUCUACAGAAAACAUUACAAUGGGGAGCAAAAGACUCUGGAAAUGGUUUACAAACAAGCCCCAAAGGAGCUCCUACAUCUCUUAUCUCCCUUGAACCCACAACCUUCUCAUAUGAGAUAUUUACAAUACAUAGCCAGGCGAGGCGGUGGGUCAGAUUGGCCGCCGCGAGAUACACCCUUCACCUUGGAAUCUCUAAUUCUUAGAGUCAUUCCCAUUUUUGACAGGGAAGGGGGUUGCAGGCCGAUAGUUCGUGUUUACGGUCAAAACCCUUUAACCCCAGCUAAUAGAAGUCCAAAGAUUCUUUUUGCAACACCAAUGACCAAGAAGUACCUUCGGCAUUAUAAACAGGCAGAGGGUGUGCCAAUAAAAAUCAAUUGUCAUUGUCGUGUUCAAGGAGAUGUGGUUGUUGAAUGCAUCCAUAUGGAUGGGGAUCUGGAGCGUGAGGAUGUGAUGUUCAGGGUCAUGUUUAACACGGCUUUUGUUCAAUCUAAUAUUUUGACACUGAACCGUGAUGAAAUUGAUGUUGCAUGGAACGCCAAGGACCAGUUCCCGAAGGGCUUCAAAGCUGAGGUACUGUUUUCAGACAAUGAUGCUGUUGAAUCUGACUCCUCUACAGAAGUUAUAGCUGAUGAUGAGGAUGAAACAGAAGGUGCUUCCACAGAGGCAACCGAGGAGUUCUUUGAAGCAGAAGAGAUAUUUAACAACGCAGAUUGGCAAGAUGGAAAAAGAGAUUUGGAUUCUCAUAUGAUUAGAAUAAAAAGCUCAGUAGAUGAUGGGAGCCAUAAAACAGAUAUUUAUUAUUUUUCCGAUGAUGCAAGGAGCAGGUCAGAAGCAAGGUUGGAAACAGGUAAUACUGAAGAAGAUUUAAAGACUAUAGUCACUGAAAAAUUAACUACCAUGGAUGACAAAAUAGUCAAUCUAGAAGCCCCAGGUAUGGCUGCUCCAGCUGAGAGUAGAUUAGAAACUGGCAAUGCCAAAUAUGAUGAGGGAGCUGCUACUGAAAAGUCAAUUUUUUUGGACAACAUGACUGUAGUUGAAGAGAAGAUUAUGCUAGAAAGCAGUUCUAUAUUGCAGGAUACAAAGGGUAUUGAUUUUUCAGUGGGUGAAGAGGAAAAUACAUUGAAAAUUGGCAAUAGUAAGCAGGACACAGAGGGCAUUAUUACCUUUGUGAGGACCACUUUAGAUGAUUCGAGUUGGAAGUUAGAAGCUCCAACUGUAGUUGAUGAAGCAAAUGGCAGAUCAGAAAAAAGGGAUACCAAACCCUGUGUGGAUGAUAUUAUUACUAGAAUGCAGCCUGCUCUGAAUGACAACAUUCCCAGCUCUGGGACCUUAAGUAUGGCAGAUGAAAUGAGGCACAAUUCAGAAACACAUGAUUGCAAGAGGGACAUACUCAGUGAUGUUAUCCAAGAUGAGACAAAACUGUGUCAUGAGGCUAGAUUGGGAAAUCGAGGUAUGGCAGAACAAACAGAGACCAGACUGGGCAGGAGCAAUGUCAGUUGUGGCGAUAAAAUUCUUAGCAGAAAGUCGAUCACUUUGGACUACACAAUUAGAUAUGAAGAGAAGAAUAUAGUAGAAGUCAGCAACUUCAAGCAUGAAGUAAAGGAUAUUGUUACUCUAGCUGUUGAAGAGAAGAGACCAUCUGGAUCAUUCAUUUUCGAGGAGGAUGCAGAUGACAUAGUUACUAAAAGGACAACCACUUUGGAUAGUAUGAGUUGCAAUUCCGAUGACUCAACUCUAGCAGAUGAAGCUAAGAGCAGGGUAGAACAAAGCGAGUCCCAUUACAAUCAAGAGAACCUUAUUGUCAGGAAGAAAUCUGCUCUAACGGAGAAGAAUCACAGGUUAGGAAUCCCUGAUAUAGAAAAAACAAAGUUCAUAGAAACCCAUGUUUGCAAAAGCGAUACAGACAAGGGUGUUACUGAAAAAAGUUUAGCAGCGAAGGUUCUCAAUCAAACGACAGGAAAUGACUUACAAAAACAGAGCACUGAAAAAUCGUUGCCUUCCAUGUCUGAGAAAUCACCAACAAGAAUACAACCACCAGAUUUAGUUGCAUCCAGACAAAAGAUUAAACAACAGGAACAUCUGGAUCACAUGAAACUGACAAAACCGAAGACAAUACCUCGGUGCAUUUCACCGAAGGACUCUGAUGCUACUACCGUUCAUAUGCCAUCUGAUCCUAGUGCACCAGGCUUUUUAGCCAUUUCUGCUAAUCUGAAAGACAAUGAACCUCCACCCCCACCUCCUUCACCUUGUCAUUCUGGUGCAUCUGCCAAAGGCCCACCUCCCACACCUCCCCCCCCUCCUCCGCCUCCAUGUACUUUCUCAAGUGCAUUUUCUAAAAGCUUACCUCCCCCUCCUUCUCCUCCUAUGCCCUCAAGAGCAUGUACUAGAAGGCCACCUCCCCCUCCUCCUCCACUCGUGCUCCCUGGAGCAUCAACUAAAAUCUCACCUCCCCCUCCUCCACCAUUACUUCUAGGAGCAUAUACUAGAGGCCUUCCUUCGCCUUCCCUCCCACCGCCCCCUCCUCCGCCCCCUUUGUUCAUGAGAAGUUCAUCAUGUUCACAACCGCCUCCUCCGCAAUUGCAAAAUCAAGGAGGACAAUUUAAAGGCCCACCACCUCCACCUCCGAUCCAACCAAGUGCUAGUGGGUUUGUUGUUCCUCCACCACCUCCUCCACCCCCUCUAAAGGUUGGAGCUUCACCUCUUCCACCACCUCCACCUCCUUUGUCGUCAUCAAAUAGAACAAAGCUUGCCGGGGCUGCUGCCCCCGCCCCACCACCCCCGCCUCCUCCUAUGCAUGGAGGGCCUCCACCUCCUCCCCUUGGAGCACGUGGAACUCCACCUCCACCCCCUCCACUCGGAGGACGUGGAGCUCCACCUACACCCCCUUCACCUGGAGGACAUGGAGCACCACCACCACCACCACCACCACCACCUCCCCCUAGAGGAUGUGGUGGUGCACCUGCUCAACCAACUCCCCUUGGUGCACGUACACCUGCUCCACCAGCCCUGCCUAGGACACCGGGUGCUCCUUCUCCUCCAACAGACGCCCCUGGUUCUCAAUGUUCUGAUAGAGGGUUAUCAUCAAAUUCCUUGGUGGGGGCAAGAGGACGUGGACUUGUACGUCCUGCAGGCUUAGGUUUUUCAGUUUUAGCACCUCGUAGAUCUUCAUUGAAGCCAUUGCAUUGGGUGAAAGUAACAAGAGCUGUGCAAGGAAGCCUAUGGGCAGAAUUACAAAAAUAUAGCGAUACUCCCAGUGCUUCAGAAUUUGAUGUGUCCGAACUUGAAAGUCUCUUCUCUGCAGUUGUCCCGAAAUCAGAUAAUAGCUCUAAAUCUGAAGGGCGUCGUAAAUCUCUUGGAUCAAAAUCAGAUAAAAUUCACCUGAUUGAGCUAAGGCGGGCCAAUAAUACUGAAAUCAUGCUGACAAAAGUGAGGAUGCCACUUUCUGAUUUGAUGAGUGCUGUACUUGCAUUGGAUGAUUCGAUUUUAGAUGUUGAUCAAGUUGAAAAUCUCAUCAAGUUUUGUCCAACCAAGGAGGAAAUGGAGCUUCUCAAGGGAUACACCAAUGACAAGGAAAAACUUGGAAAAUGUGAGCAGUUCUUUUUAGAAUUGAUGAAAGUUCCACGAGUGGAAUCUAAGCUCAGAGUAUUCUCUUUCAAGAAUCAGUUUGGUUCACAGGUUUCAGAUCUCAGAAAAAGCCUGAAGACUGUAGACUCUGCUUGUGAACAAAUGCGCAGUUCUGUUAAAUUGAAGGAAAUCAUGAAGAAAAUUCUAUUUCUCGGGAAUACAUUAAACCAGGGAACUGCAAGAGGUUCAGCAAUUGGUUUCCGCCUGGACAGCCUUCUAAAACUUAUAGAUACUCGUGCUACAAAUAAUAGAAUGACUUUGAUGCAUUAUUUAUGCAAGGUCCUCGCUGCAAGGUCCCCGCAUCUUUUGGACUUUCAUAGGGAUCUCACUAGCUUGGAAGCUGCAUCAAAGAUACAACUGAAAUCAUUGGCUGAAGAAAUGCAAGCCAUUGUCAAAGGCCUAGAGAAGGUUGAGCUGGAGCUUAAUGCUUCAGAAAAUGAUGGCCCAGUAUCGGAGUUUUUCCGCAAGACCUUGAAGGAGUUCACUUCUGUUGCUGGAGCUGAAGUUCGAUCAUUAACAACACUUUAUACUGCAGUGGGUAGAAAUGCAGAUGCAUUAGUGCUAUAUUUUGGUGAAGAUCCUGCACGUUGUCCUUUCGAGCAAGUGAUAUCUACUCUUACAAAUUUUGUCUCAAUGUUUCGGCGGGCACACCAAGAGAAUUGCAAGCAGGCUGAGGUUGAGAAGAAAAAAGUCCAAAAAGAGUCUGAAGUAGAGAAGUUUAAAGCUUCCAACAGGAUGAGUGAAAAUGCAGCAAGACAGAGCCAACAGCUGCAGCAGACAACAGAGAAGAAGAAAGCUACAAAUUGGCGAGGAAAGGAUGUUAGUUGACCUCUGACCUGCUGACACUGGCAUUUCAGUUUUGAUCUCUGCCUGCCUCAGGAACCCAUGCUCUGACGAUCAUAAUGUUUAGCAGUCCUAUAUUUCCCAGAGGACUCGAGGAUAGGAAACCUGGCCAGCUGUUCCUGCAAGAAUGGCGUUGAAUUCAUGGACAGCGAAACCUCCCAAUGGAGAACACCUGAUCCUGCUAACUCUCGCCUUAAGCGAUACAUGAAUCUUUCAGCUGUGUUACUGAUGUCAGAUCUGUUGUUCAUGUCGAUACAGUUAUUCUGGAGGCAGACAUCCGACAGCGGGCCAAAAGGAGCUCUGGAUUCUGUAUUCUUGUUUUGUACAAAGCUAACCACUUAGUUCUUUCCAUUCUUGCUUUUUGGCAUUCUAGAUAGGCCCAGGCAUAGGUCAGGAAUUAUACAAUAGAGGUGAAAGAAAUAAGACAGUUGAAUUUGUAUCCAUGUUUUCACAUGUAAUUUUGUAAUCCAAGAAUGCUCCCAUGCAGCCGCAUUAUGCUGCUCUUUAACUCU